GCGUGAACAUUACGAUCACCUGCUUUCCAUUUGAGCACUCUUGGGUUUCCAAAUCGGACGCCCAUCAGAGAAACCGAUCAAAACUCUCUCCCCUUCCUUCUUCCUCCGGCCGGCGAUCGUUCAUCGGCGAUUCAUCCCUCCGUUAUCUCAUCUCCGUUCUUCACCGCUCGAUUUGGAGCCUAUAAGAGGUUGAUUAUCCGUUGAGGAACUCCUUACAGGCUUUACAUGAUGUAUUUUGAUGGGUAUGGAUAUCGUGGAACAUCAUUUGAGCAAAGAUAUCAAUGUUUCUCUGCAUCCUUUAUUGAUAAGCCACACAUUGAAACUGGAGAUAGAAUUAUAAUGCCUCCAUCAGCCCUUGAUCGUCUUGCUUCAUUACAAAUUGAUUAUCCUAUGUUAUUUGAGCUUCGAAAUGAUGCUGUUGAGCGAGUCUCUCAUUGUGGGGUUUUGGAGUUUGUUGCAGAAGAAGGCAUGAUUUACAUGCCUUAUUGGAUGAUGGAGAACAUGCUUUUACAAGAAGGAGACCUAGUGCAAGUGAAGAACGUCACUCUUCCAAAGGGAACCUAUGUUAAAUUACAACCUCAUACAAAGGACUUUUUGGACAUCUCAAAUCCAAAAGCAAUCUUAGAGACAACACUUAGGAAUUUCUCCUGCCUCACCACUGGAGACAGUAUUAUGGUGGCAUAUAACAACAAGAAAUAUUACAUUGACAUAGUCGAAACGAAGCCAUCCAAUGCAAUAAGUAUUAUUGAGACAGAUUGUGAGGUGGAUUUUGCACCUCCCCUGGAUUACAAGGAACCGGAGAAGCCUGUUGCAUCAAUCAAGGGGAAGGAGCAAGUUGCAGAAGCUCCAUAUGCCGAAGCCGAACCCAAAUUUAGUGCUUUCAUGGGAACAGGAAGACGUUUGGAUGGUAAAUCUUCAAAUCAUCAGCCUCAGCCAAUUUCAUCUUCUAGGUCAUCCGAUGAGAAGCAAUCGGGUGGUAAUAGUAGAUAUGGCCAUUCACAACAGUCUGCUGGAUCUAGCUCAGUGAACGGAACUCGUCAUUCUGAGGGAAAGUUGGUAUUUGGACAAAAUGCUAAUCGGAAUCCUAAAGAAACACUAAAGGAGGCUUCAAAAGAGAGUAAACAAAAGCAGCCUGAAAAGGAAGACCCCAAAUUUCAGCCUUUCUCUGGGAAAAGGUACUCACUGAGAGGCUGAUUUCAUUAUCUAUAUAUAUAUAAUCUAGUUAUAUAAGUUGUCCACAUUUACUUCACUGGAUAUAUAGAGCACUUUCAUUGUCUACACAUCUUAGACCUCACAAUGUAGUUGAAAUCAUGCCUGGGUUAUGUCCAUAAAUUUAUGACCAAA